GGGAAAAAAAAAGAAAUUUUUAAUAAAGGCGCAUUAAAUCGACAAAUCCCAUUAGGGGCUUGGACCUUCCAGAUGUCGAUUUUCGGUGUUUGGGGGGGUGGGAAAGAGAAAGAGAAGGUGAGGAGAAAUAUGAGGUAUUUCUCGUUCCAGGACGACGGCUACGUUGUAGUACCGAGUACAACGAAUACACAACACACGACACACGACCUGUUCGAUUUGAGGUGUUUAUUGUGUUUAUUCCAUGUGUUUCGGGUAUUGUUGUUGUACUCUUGUUGCUCUCGUUGGUAUUUUUGUUUCUAUUCCUAA